CCCUGACCCUAACUCUCACACACACUGGUGUGAAGUUGCUUUAUGAACCUCACAGUCUGAAGCUGGCAUGACUUUCCAGUGGAGCUCUUUGCUGGAGCUCAGCCCCGUGUACACAGGGGGUGCGUCAUCACUUUAUUAUGAUAUUGAUAAGAUAUUGGGAACUGCGUGGGGUCAAUAUCCUCGCAUCUCCUUGGAAACGGACCGAUGGCGUGACCGCAUCGCUGGGGGCGGAGCUGGACACAGCAUAUAUAAAUCAGACCCUGCAUGCAGACGCGUGGUGUGUCUGUCUGAGAGAGAGAGAGAGAGAGCGCUGCGCUGAGCUUGAACCCCAGAGACUGUCUCUCCGAAGCGGACUGGGCACCAUGUGUACUGGAAAGUGUGCCAAGUGUAUCGGGGUCACCCUGUACCCCUUAGCAGCGAUCAGUAUCCUCUGCAACAUCCUGCUCUUCUUCCCAGACUGGAGCACCAGAUACAUGAAGGAGGAGAGGGUCACUGCGGAGGUGCAGUACAUGGGCGGGCUGAUCGGUGGAGGUGUUAUGGUUCUGAUCCCAGCGAUUCACAUCCACGCUACCGGGAGAGCUGGCUGCUGCGCCAACCGCUGUGGGAUGUUCCUCUCCAUCGCCUUCGCUGCAGCGGGGGUCGCUGGUGCCCUCUACAGCUUCACCGUGGCGAUACUGGGCUUGGUGAACGGACCCACCUGCCUCUUCUCGUUCGCGGGGGAGUCCGUGUGGGGAACCCCCUUCAGCGUGCAGUAUUAUGGGAGGAACGAGAGCUACCUCAUGGACAGGGAUCUGUGGAAGCUCUGCGAGGAGCCCAAGCGCGUGGUGGAGUUCAACGUGGCGCUCUUCUCCAUCCUCAUCGUGGCCGGCGCCACGGAGCUGCUGCUCUGUGGAUUCCAGGUGGUGAACGGGCUGUUCGGCUGUCUGUGUGGCACCUGCGGGAGCAAAGGGCAAAGAGCUUGAACAUAGAAACCUGUCUGGAAGUCCUCCCAGUGCCACUCCAACACAGGAGACCGACCUGGGCUUUUAGAAAGAGCAUUCACUUCAUUAACUGGAACUUUUUAAUAUUGUGAAGUGAAGCUGAUAUACAAGCUUUGACACGUAGAUAUCUGAAAGCUGUCUGAAUGCAUGCUUUUUAAUUACUGUAUUUGUAAAAUAUAAAGAGAUUUCAAUUUAAAAA